AUGUUCGUUCAACGAACCGCCUUCACCCUCGCCAGGCGCACCCCUGUCAAGGCCCUUGCCAGACGUACCUUUUCAGCAUCUGUUGCCCAACGUGAUGCCGCAAAGCCAUCCAGAUGGGAUCCCAAGCCCGGAGAGCCAGUAGGCAAACUAGUGUCCUUCCAAGAUAUCGAAACUGAAACUGACCUUCUUCCCCCCGGAGCGAAAGCCGGAACCAUCCCCACUGAUUACGAACAAGCAACUGGUUUGGAAAGAUUGGAACUUCUAGGGAAAAUGAACGGAGUUGAUAUUUUCGAUAUGCGACCCCUGGAUUCGUCAAGAUUGGGAACUCUCGAUAACCCGAUUAUUGUCAAGUCCGGCGGAGAUGAGCAAUAUGCUGGCUGUACCGGCUUCCCCGCCGACUCUCAUACUGUCAUUUGGCUGACGGUAUCCCGCAAGCGUCCAAUUGAACGUUGUUCUGAGUGCGGCAACGUUGUCAAGAUGGAGUACAUUGGGCCUGAGUCGGAUCCCCAUGCCCACCAUGAUGAACACCACCAUGCCUACGAGGAACCCAAGACCAUGGCUGACUUUGUCAGGCCUGAAUACUGGUAUAAAUAA